UCAGUGUGACGUCACGCGCCGCAGACAGCCGGGGGGGUGGGUCCCUGGUAGCCGGAGCAGCCCGGGAGGAGUGAGGGGGAGUCGGGAGGAGUCAAGGGGGAACGGCCGCCUCCUCCACCACAGCGUGUCUGAGCAAAAUGAAACAUGGAUGAGGAGGUCGCAGAAAGUUGGGAGGAAGCCGCGGACAGUGGGGAAAUGGAAAAACGGCUAGAAGAGAAGCUAAAGAUCAGCCAGAAAGAAAGGGAAUCCAGCAACAAUUCCAUGCGAUCUCCACUAAAGACAACCAUGAUGAUACAGGACGACUCUCUACCAGCGGGGCCCCCACCUCAGAUACGCAUUUUGAAGCGGCCGACAAAUAAUGGGUCACUGGGAUCCCCCUUGAAUCAGAACAGACCUACACCGCAGGUCAAGUCUCUGGCUCAGCGAGAGGCAGAGUACGCAGAGGCAAGGAAGAGAAUCCUGGGCAGCGCCUGUCCAGAGGAGACGCCUCAAGACAAGCCCAACACUGACAGACCAGGGCGCAAUAACUCUACAAUGCCUUUAGAGGAAACCAGAUCAACCAAUCACACUGUCCGACAGCCAGCCGGUCCAGACGGCACCCAUGGCUUCAGACAGCACAGAUAAGUGGGCCUCAGCCAUUGAGAGGAGAAAGAUCAGGGGCCUCCUGCGAGCAAAGACAGUAUUGUAUUCUUAAACUUCCUUCAGUUCUAUGAUAUCAGAGGGGGCAGUGAAUUACAGAGGGGCACUGCUGCUCCACUCCUCCCACCAGCAGUCGUGUGGAACUGACAGGGAGCAAGGAACUCCAGGAGGAAGUCAAACAUGCUCUUCUCUCUCUCCCAGUCCUGUCUGUUCGACACUGUGAUUAUGGACAUCUUCUGGACUCACUGUGAUGAUCCCUUUAAGAGACGCCUCUCACCUCCAUCUCUCUCCUCCUUCAGUGCCCGGCGGCUCCUCCUCAGGAUGCCUGCAAGGCAGAAGCAAAGACUUUACAGGAGACGUAAUGGGCCAUAGCAAAAUGAGAUGAGCUGGUACUUGUGCAGCAGCUUCUCCCCAGCAAUAAUAUCACACAUCACUUCUCACACUAUUCAUGUUUUUAGUUUUUCAGAUUCACAAUUUGUUUUAUCUUUUUAGGGAUGCUCUGAUAUCGACCAAGUGCAGAUAAAAGUAUUUAAUUAUUAAUCACCACCAAAACAGCAAUUAUAUAUUUUUUAAAUAAACAGCAGUGGCUGCAGGUUUUAUUAAAAAUAAAUCAUUCAAAGUUUCACAACUUGCGAUAAAAUGAUAGUUAAAUGCCAUAUUUAGCUUUUUACAGUUUAAAUGCAGACUCCAGGGCUGCAGCUUGUGGUGUCAGAUCUCCCACAGUGAACUUGCCCCCAAUGCUGAGUAUUUAACUGCUACCUAUCCAGUGACCCAGCUGUUAGCAUAAUCAGUGCACCCCUAAUGUGUAUAUUGCCAUUUGUUUUUAAAAACUGAGGGUAAGGGUCAAGUGUGUCUAGUUGUAUGUCUGACAUGUUCUGUUUACGGUUUUUGUUUUUUAAUUGAGCUUACAGCUGUCUUCUUUUGACUGUCACUUCAUUAUUUCUAUUUAAAAGUAAAAGCAAAAAAAAAAAAGAUUGUGGAUUUAGGUCCAUUUUUAAGUAGCUUUUCUGCAUUUUUGUAUGAGAUGGCAGUAAUGUCAGCAGUAUUUUAAUCAAAAUGAACCAAAAGCCCAUUUUAAAAUCAACCUGUACAUGUUUCAGGUAAAUCAGAUGUCAUUAUUCGAAGGUGUUGUUGGCAGCAAGUCAAAGGAGCCGAUUUGUUGCAUCUUAACCUUGUCAUCGGCACGCUCGUCUGAUCGCGUCCUUCGCUGACGGACAGUAUGUGGGAACUCAGGUGCAAGUGAUUGAGAAUGAAUGAAUGAAAUGAACGAAGAUUGUAUUUUUCCAGCAGGUUUGAUUGCGCAAAAAGCAAAUGUCCAUAUUUAAGUUUGGGUCUGCAAACUUGAAACAAUGUCCACGUCCCAAGGUGAAUAUGUUUUAUUUUUAUCUUAAGUGUUGGCAUCUUGGUCACAGUAUGAAAUGGUUACACCCACUCGUGUUCAGCACCUGAUGGUCCACUCCUGAAAUGUAGACACAGCUGGAUGUGAACCAGAGACGUAGCAGCUAGCUCCCUUUCCGCUGUGCCCCGAUAGACAUGACUAGUUUUUCCACAUUUAUGUGUUCAAAUGGAGAGAUCUCUAUAAAGCCAUAUUCAACGAUGCACAUCAUCAGUAGAAAAGUAAUAAGAAUGGUUGAAUUCAGCGUGUGCCUCCUGUGUCAUGUCUUUACUUUGCGGUUGUUGAUUUUUAUUAGUGUAGUUCAAGAAAGUGAAUAUAUUUGAGGGAGAAUUCACGAUCCUGGUAAAGAGAUUUUUAGUUGAGGAAGUCAAGCAGCAGAGCAGGAGACAGACUGGUCCAGCUGAGCUCUGAGUGAGAACACAAACUGCCUGUAAAUACUGAUUUAAUAAAAUGAUUUGCCAAAAAAA